AUGAACUCCCUUCUGAGGUACUGCAUGUGUCUUCCUGUAUCUUACCUAGAUCCUCGGGAACCCGCAGGACGAGCGUUGAGCUCUGGAUGGACAAUAGAUCAUCCACAAGAGGCGGGGUACAUCAGCCUCAGGGAUUUUCGUCAAGAUCAUAUUGCCAAAAGGCCAGAACAGGCGAUGAUUUUGCUAGGUUUUAGCAGUCUCGCGGGAAAUUUUCGAGCCCUUACGUCAGACAACGUUUCAAUCCAUGUUCAACAAAAAUCACCCCGAAGAAAUGACUUCCCGCGAAUUCUCCGGAUGGUCCAAAUUAAAUUUGGGGCCCCCAUCAUGAAGCCAGGAUGA